GAGUUGAGCUAGUUAGAAAGGCAUGUUAACAAGUCACCCGUGGGUCAUAUGUUUAAGUAUGCCAUUUGAAUAUGCAAUGACAUAUCUUUACUGUGCUAUAGAUAUUGAUUUAGAAAAGGUUGUAUUCGCUAUCCCAAAACCUAAUGUCAUACUUCCAAAUGCAAUGAUCACUUUUCCAUGUUGAAAACUUUUUUAGAAUAUAUUUAUGAAUUACAAUUUGUUGCCAAAAUGAUUUUAAUGCCUUGAUGUCGAUAAUUAAUUCCCCUUGCCAGAUUACCAUUCUCCUACAUUUUUAAUAAUUUGCAUGUUAAUUAUAAAUCUGUUAAAAAUUAUGUUGAUUGUAGGAGUUAGGACCUUUUUGCUUGCAAAGUGAUGGUGUUCCAUAUUUGGUACAUUAUCAUGUUUUGCAGGUGUCAAAGUGCACAGAGAUGACGCAUAAAGAUAGGAAAGACUAUUAUCUUAAGGAUCUAUUUUUUCAACAAUAUGAAGAUAAAAGUAUGGAUCCAUCACGUUUGAGCGACAUAACAGAUAAUUUCUCCAAGAAGGCAGAGAUUGGUAGUGGUGGAUUCGGAGUGGUUUACAAGGGAGUGCUUCGAGAUGGUUUUGUUGCUGUCAAGAAAUUCAAAGAGGCAAUUGACGACAAAGCAUUUGUGGAUGAGGUCAACUGUCUCACAAAGAUUGAGCACCCUAAUAUAGUAAAAUAUAUUGGUUAUUGUGCUGGAUCAGAAAAACACAUUGCAAUGAAUGAGGGGAAGACCAUUUUAGCAGAAUCGCCAUAUCAGUUAAUUUGCUUCGAGUAUCUUCGCAAAGGAAGCCUUGACAUGCACCUUAAUGACAAACCAUGUGGACUUCCAUGGCAAGUGUGCUACAAAAUCAUCCAAGGAAUUUGUCUAGGUUUGCACCAUCUUAAUGAGCACAGAAUCAUUCAUAGAGAUAUCAAAGCAGGCAAUAUUCUACUUGAUGAUCACAUGACUCCAAAAAUUGCGGACUUUGGUUUGUCAAGGUUCUUAGGGGAUGCUAAAAGCAGAAUUAACACUCGCCAAGAUGGAACACUGGGAUACAUGGCACCUGAAAGUAUGUUCAAUGGAGUAUUUACUUUCAAGUCCGAUAUAUACAGUCUGGGCGUGAUAAUCAGAAAGAUUGUGACUGGUAACGGUGCAAUAUCAAAGGAAGAGACCUUAUACGUGUGGGGUCAUAGGUCAAACCUAGAUGCAUCACAGAGGCCCACUCCGUUGGAUCAAGUAGAAGAAUGCAUCGAUAUAUCAAUAAGCUGCACAGACAUAGCUAAAGCAGCAGAGAACAGACCUGAUAUGCGGGAUAUCCUCCGUAGGCUUGGUAUAAUAGGAACUAGUGGCUGCUCUGCCGCAGGUGGCAUAAACACUUCUCCGGCACCGUCAUCAUCGACGAGAAAGGGGCCGAAGGUCGAAACCGAGCCAUCAAUGGCAGCAUCAGCUAAGAGGCCAGGAGAGGCAAGCCCUGAAAAGUUGGAGGUAACAAUUGACGCCAGGCCCAAGAUGGUUCCAUCAAGAUCGUUGCAAAUUGCGAAUAACCGACCAAGGUUCUGGAGAUGGCUUGCCAUCACAGAUUCUAGGUUUGGCGAGUGUGUGGAGCUCUUGAGUGUAUACUUCCUAGAAGUUACCGGAGAGAUCCCACCAAGGGAGCUAUCUGCCGGCACAUCCUAUGAUGUUCACCUCGUAUACAAGUUGGCGACUAAAACCAUUGGCCUAAGAGGUUCCAUACAGACAUCAUCAAUGAGGCUCCAUGGGAAGCAGGUCAUUGCCACCAACAAGGUUUGCCUCGAACCCAAAGCGCACGGAAUGGCGGAUGAUGUGAUGUGCCCUAUCAAGAGGGGUGAUGGUUGGUUGGAGCUCAGGCUGGCAGAGUUUGUAAACGAUGACAAUAUGCUUACAGAGGAGGGGGUGAUCGUGGUUCUCCGCGAGGAGGACACCACUAUUCAGAAGAGCGGCCUCAUCGUGGCGGGCAUGGAGUUCAGAAGCAAAUAGAUGUGUGUGCCAAAUAUUUUUUACCAUAAUAUGUAAUUCAUGGAUGGAUGUAAUAAGCAAGGGAAACCGUCCUGACAUGGCUAUGCAGUUGCACGGACCAUAUCCAAAUAUUGUCGGGGUUUUAAACAAUAUAUUG